AUUCAAUGGUCUGGAAAAAGGUCAAAAAUUCUCAUCUCAAGUGUGUUAUACUGUUUGAGGGGUAUUCUCAAGUAGGUGGACUAACUUGUUUAAAACAGAGCUCAAGAGGACGUUCAUUCUCAUAACAACUGCAUUCAAAGUCGAAGUACCUUAAACACAAACAAAGAUGAAUACUCUUACUAUCAUUGCAUUCACUGUCAUCAUUAUUCCCGUAUGCUCAACUAAUAUUUGUGAUGGGUCAAAGAAAGUACACUGGAAAAGGGAUCCAUCAGACUGCGGUGUGUUUUAUUUGUGUUUUGGGACUUUACAGCAUAAAUAUAAGUGUGAGAAAGAUCAAGUUUAUGAAGAAGAAACAAAGACAUGUGUAGAAAAAGGCUCUGACCAUGACAAAUGUUCCAAGAAGUCAGAUCUGCCAAUCAAUGCUUCACCAGUCGCCAUCUGUGAACAAUCUAACUCUGUUUUUUUAACUUAUGAAGAAAGUUGUUCUAAAUAUAUCGAUUGCACAACGCAAAGUGUGGAAGAAUGUCCGUACCCUCUAUUGUUUGAUGAAAACAUCAGCCGAUGUGUUCAACCUGAAAAAGCAAAUUGUGGGUCAAGAAUACUUUACAAAGAUCCAUGCGACUAUGAUGAAAAUCAAUGCAGAUCUGCACAAGGAUGUGUACCUUGUUAUGUGAGAUAUCCGAGUUGUAAAGGAUUACCAAAUGGAUUAAAUCCGUGGACAGGCAGAGAAGGCUCACCAUAUUUUGCCGUUUGUAAGAAUGAAAGAGUCGUAUACAAUGACAUGUGCGAUUUUGAAAAUAAAAAGGAAAUUUUCAACCCCGAAAAAUUAUUCUGUGAAUCUAUGUAUAAGUAAAAUUCUAGUUAAAAUGAACAACUGAUCUUUAAAUGUUUUUUUUUCUUUCUCACUUGUAUUUAUAAACAAAUUAGCCAAUUGUAAAACAAAUGAGGAUCAUGAAAGUAGGUUAAAUUGAACUGAACACAAAAAAUAAAGUUAAAUACAAAUGACUCGUAUAUGUACAUGUAUGCAGUCGUAUUAAGUACCAGGGACCAUGUCACCGAAGCUGUCCUAUGACUAGAUCAUGCCUUAUAGUGAUCUUAGGACACGACUUAGUCUAAAGUCAGGUUUUCAAAAGUCUCCUUAGAAAAGAUAUUUCCUAAAUUUAGUCCCUAAGUAGGAUAUAUGCAUAGGUGUCGUAGGAUAGUGCUAAAAGUUGCAAUGUCUCAGAUCGAAAUAAAAACAACAAAUUUGGCAUUCAGUCAGUCUUUGAAGAAUUGAUCUCUGUGUAAAUACUAUGUAAUGUAUUGUCCUGAAUAUUAUUCGUUCCCACAUUCGAUAGCUUGCUGAAUAAAACUAUCCGGCUUAUGCUUCGGCAAGCAAUACAUUCAAUAACAAAAAUUCUAACAAUCCUGCCUAUUUUCUAUCUUAAUCUUAAAACUUCUAUGAAAAAUUAGAAACAUGUUUGCACUUGACUAAAUUGUACAAUAAUAAUUGAAUUGUGGAAAACAUCUGAAUUGUGCGAUUUUACACGGCCUAGCCAAUCUUUUUUUCAAAGCCAUCAGACUCACGUGAAAGCAAUAUCGAACCUGACAAAAGGUAAACCAAUUGAAUCGAGAAAAAAGUAUCGACCUAAUGUAUGCUUAAAUAAUAGACCUAAAACCAUCAGUGCACUCAACAGUCAACAGCAAAUUCUGUAGUACUUGCUCAUGACUUCUGACAGGCACAUAAAUGAAAGUCGCAGGCUAAAGUACUUUUCUGAGUGAUUUACCUAUGUAUCUAAUCCGGGACAGAAGUGUAACAUCAAUAGAUAAAUUCAAGAACCAAAAAUUUACGGUAAAAUUCAAUUGGAAUGGACAUGACUUAUAAGAUCCACCCAGUACAACUCUGAAAACACGAAACACCGGACUAUGAGUAUUUGAUGUUAAUAAAGCUAGUUCAAACUUCACUAACAAAUCUUGUUUUAACGAACUUUGAUAUCGAUCAGUAUUUAAUUUAAUUCUUAAAUUCCAAUUUUUACAUCAUGGAAAAACGUUGAUGACGUGAUGGUCACAUGACAAAAUAAUAUAUGAGCUGAUAGAAAAAAAAACUUAAAGCUAAUCGGAAGACGUGUUACAUCCCAUAUUUAAUUACAUUUUUGUAUAAGUGUUUAAACAACAUAAAAAGUAUGAAAAUUGAUUUAAAUGUUAUUUAACAUGGAAUUGGUCAUGUUUUAUCAUUUUUUUGUUGUGCAAUUAUUUUCAAAUCUAGCUAUGUCUUCUUAAAUCUAGAGGUGAUUUUUAUCAAGAUGGGCAUGUUUCAAAUUAACCCAAGUGUAUUUCUAAAAUCAAGCUAUAUAUAUGUUUAACAUCAAUUUAGUGAUUUUCCCUCUUUUAUUUUUGGCCAAUAAUUAUUAGUUGUCUUUUUUUUGCAAUCUGAGUGUGUAAUUUUUGUUCACUUCUUUAUCUUUUUUAAGCGUGUGUGAGUGAAACCUGUUAUAUUUAUAUGCACAACUGUUCACACAACUGAUAUUACUGUUACAAACGUAUUACGAAAAAAAUGUUGAACAUCGUGUGCUCGUGUGCUCCUUAACGGAGAAAGUAA